CGGUCCAUCUCUCUUAUAUAUAGACCCCACACCUCCCCUCCUCCCUCCUCUUCCUCCUUCCACCACCAUUCUCUCUUUCUACCAUCUCUCUCUAGAAAAAAGGAGCGAGGCAAAAGCAAGGCCGGCCGGCCGGCCAUGGGGUUCCCGUCGGUGUGCUACUGCGUGAUCCUGCCGCAGCCGCUCAUCCUGGUGCUGCAGCUGCUGGACCUGCUCCGGCACGCCGUGCUGCUCUGCCUCUCCUCGCUCGGGCUCGCGGCGCCGCCGGCCGCCGACGACCACCCGGCCUAUGCGGCCGGCGGCCCGCCGCCGGACCUCUGGGCCCUGCCGCCGUCGUCGUCCCUGCUGCAGGCGGCGCCGCCCCCGCCCGCGCCGGCCGCCAUCAAGGCCCGCCUCCCCGCCGUCCGCUACGCCGACCUCCUCCGCGCCCGCCGCGGCGCCGCCCCGGCCCCGGCGACGUGCGCCGUCUGCCUGGGCGCGCUCGAGGCGCGGCACCGCGUCCGGGAGCUCGGCAACUGCGCGCACGCUUUCCACAAGGCGUGCAUCGACAAGUGGGUCGACAAGGGCCAGGCCACCUGCCCGCUCUGCCGCGCGCUCCUCCUCCCCGGCGCGCCCGACGACGGCGGCGCCGGCGAGCUCGCCGUCGCCGGCGCCUCCUCCUCGGCCUUCUCCUUCUGAGACCGACCUCGCGCGCACGCUCCAGCAGCUAGCCGAGAAGAACCGAAGCCCCCACCCAGCCCGAUUGAGAGCCAGGUCAGUAACCAGCUCGGUGUCCAUAGCUACCUCUACCUGAUGCGCCCCCGUCGUACGUCCGGCCCGUCGUCCAUCCAUGGAUCCAAGCUUUGCUAGCUAGCUUUCUUGGGAGAAAUGAAACGGAGGAGGAGGAGAGAGAGACAGAGGAGAGAGAGAGGAGGUGUCAGUGAGCGUGAGGUGGUGGAGAAUUAUUGGUUGGUGAGGCACUAAUUAUGAGGAGGACAGGGAUGGCUACCUGCAUUGGAUCUGGUGAAUGCAUAGAUCCAUCCAUCCAUCCCCUCCACCCUUCUCUUCUGCAACCCCAAUCCACUCUCUCCUUUCUCUUUUUUUUGUUAAUUAAUUUCAUUUUCCCUUUUUUUCUUUCUGAGGGCUCCCCUUGUUAUUGUUAACUUAAUUUCUCAGGGGAGCCAAGAGAGAUGUACAUUGUACAUACUGUAGCUGCCUCCACUUGACAAUAUUGCAAGAAAUAAUUUGUCUCUCACAUGAUCA